GGGUAGCACAUCUGCUCACAUGAUGUACUUUAUGUUAGCUGAGAGAAAGCACACCCAACCAAGGCUUCCAGUUUCCAUGCCAGAAUGACUCCGUCCUUCGUAGCGGCCUUCUCUUCUUUAGGAUUCCUCGCCCCGAGCAUUGCGUUCAAUCCUUUGCCGAUUCCCUUGAACUCUCGCGGUGCAUCGUUCAACAUCCAGAUGUGUACUGGGAGCCGAGCACACUUCGUGAGAACGUGUUCUGCAGCUACAAUUGCGGUUGUCUCCACGCAAGGGCCGAGUCCUUCUGCCGCAACUACUCCUACGACAGUGGUAAAUAGCGUGCUCUCCGCGUAUGGCAUACCUAUGAUCGCGGAAGAUGGUGGUUUCACCUCCUCAUACGUCAAAGUGGAGGAUAAUGGGCAAGAGACAGUGUGUGCGUACGCUUAUCCGGUCGGGUGGGUGGAAAAGAAGAAGGCGGAUGGGUUUGCGACGGCUGCCAACUACCAAACAGGGGAUAGCUUGAGCUUGAACAUGGGUGCACCAAGCAAAGCCAAGACGAUAGGAGACGUGAGUGCGCUCGCCAUCGCAGCAGAAGCAACGCCGUCUGAAGGAGCUGCAAAGGUCCUGCAGGAAAAAGCUGUGACCAAAGGAGGGGUCAACUACACAUACUUGACCGUCAAGUACAACACUGUCACGAGAUCAGGCUACGAUGUGGAAAGAGUAUCAUACAUAGCGGCUACCGUGAAACAGCGGAAGCUCUUGACUCUGGUCGCGACUGUCUCGGGCGAGCGACGCAACAAAAUGGACUUGAUUUUAAAAGCCAUUCAAGCGUCAUUUCGAGUUGGGGAUGUGGGCGUGGUUGAGACUUCUUCGACUGACUUCAACAUUAAAUAGCUUCCAUGUGCUCUGAUAUCACGGGUAGGAAUGAAAGCCUCGAAAUGUCUACUGUACAGCUAGUAAAGUGGUGUAGUAGAUCACGCACGGGUGUUUUACACUUUUAUUUAUCCGGACUACUUGCGCAAGAGAAAAUAGUAGCUGUCGGAGCGACGACCACAGUGAAGCAGGGACUUACCAAUACGCCAUGACUCUCGCGUAAAGCCUCACCAGGGCGGGUGCCCUCGGUUUGUAUAUUGUGGUCAGAAGCUUUGAGUGAGAUUCUUUCGGGCUAUAAAUAAUGUUCAAUCUGUCGUUGAUGAUAGCUCAGCCUCGAGUGUAUCACCUGACUCAUGUCCCUCUUUUUUUGUUGCGGAGGUGGUUUUGUCUUUUUCUUUCCCAUCCGCCUUUUGUUUUCUUUCUGGACGGUCGAUUUACUCGAAGAACAUUCCUUUUUCGAGCGGUUCACUAUUAUGUACGUACCUGUCUGUGUUGUGGCGGGCCGGCUUUCUUCGUGAUAAAACUGAUUGAUAUGUCCGUGUCUUUGCCGUCGAAGAGUAGAGUUAGAGGAGUAGUCAUAGAAGUAAGAACGUUUUUUAUCUUCUGUGGACGACGGCGACAGCGAAACAACGUGCAAGAUCACGUUAUCUCUCGGGCACAUGGUAAUUUUACACGUAAUCGUUUGCAUAAGCCGGUCGCCCCGGUAUUCUAGUUGAUAUUCCGAAAGCCUUCAAUUGCCACGGUCAGGGGUGUUCGAA